AUACUCAAGCUUGUGAUACAUAUAGUUUUUCUAUAAUUAUGUGGGAAUUUACAUCUAAAAUUCCACCAUUUAAUGAUAAAGCACAUGAUCUUCAACUUGCUUUAAGUAUUUGUAAAGGUGAACGUCCUAAAAUUAUUGAAAAUACUCCACAAUGUUAUAUAGAUUUAAUGAAAAAAUGCUGGGAUGAAGAUCCAUUAAAAAGGCCAUCUUCUAAAGAAGUUUUAAAUAUCAUUGAAAAUUGGAUUUUUCGUCCUGUGUAUAAGAAAAUUGAAGAUAUUAAUGAAGAAUUAAAAAGAAAUAUCAUGGAAUUUAUAAAUGCACCAAUUGAACAUAAUAAU